CGUUGAGCGCCUAUAUCUUAUGUCAUAAUAGAUUCGAACACUUGCCCCGGAUUAACUUCCGGAUCAUAAUUGUUCUAGUGAAUAACUAAAGAAAAAAAUUGGAAUAGAUAGAUGGGAGAUAGAAUAGAAAGAAACUCAAUAUAAAAAUCUCUCAAAAGUUCACUAAUCUUUUUUUUUUAUAUUGGCAGGGCUCUUUGUAUGUGUUGUCCGGAAGGAGGAGGACUCAAUGAUUAUUCGUUCGCCGGAACCAGAAGUAAAGAUUUUGGUAGAUAGAGAUCCCAUAAAAACUUCUUUCGAGGAAUGGGCAAAACCCGGUCAUUUCUCAAGAACAAUAGCUAAGGGACCCGAUACUACUACUUGGAUUUGGAACCUACAUGCUGAUGCUCAUGAUUUCGAUAGCCAUACUAGUGAUUUAGAGGAGAUUUCCCGAAAAGUAUUUAGUGCCCAUUUCGGCCAACUCUCCAUCAUCUUUCUUUGGCUUAGUGGCAUGUAUUUCCAUGGUGCUCGUUUUUCCAAUUAUGAAGCAUGGCUAAGUGAUCCAACUCACAUUGGACCUAGUGCCCAAGUGGUUUGGCCAAUAGUGGGCCAAGAAAUAUUAAAUGGUGAUGUUGGCGGGGGUUUCCGAGGAAUACAAAUAACCUCCGGUUUUUUCCAGAUUUGGCGAGCAUCUGGAAUAACUAGUGAAUUACAACUUUAUUGCACCGCAAUUGGUGCAUUAGUAUUUGCAGCCUUAAUGCUUUUUGCUGGUUGGUUUCAUUAUCACAAAGCUGCUCCAAAAUUGGCUUGGUUCCAAGAUGUAGAAUCUAUGUUGAAUCACCAUUUGGCAGGAUUACUAGGACUUGGAUCUCUUUCUUGGGCCGGGCAUCAAGUACAUGUAUCUUUACCAAUUAACCAAUUUUUAAAUGCUGGAGUAGAUCCAAAGGAGAUUCCACUUCCUCAUGAAUUUAUCUUGAAUCGGGAUCUUUUGGCUCAACUUUAUCCCAGUUUUGCCGAGGGAGCAACUCCAUUUUUCACCUUGAAUUGGUCAAAAUACGCGGAUUUUCUUACUUUUCGUGGAGGAUUAGAUCCAGUAACUGGCGGUUUAUGGCUGACUGAUAUUGCG